AUGAAAAUCCUGACCGACUCUGUCUACAUCAACGCAAGCCCCCAACGACGAGAGGCGGUCCUCCAAUUGCAAAACAAUCUAGUCAAACUUACCCCAGUCCAGGAUAUCCGGAUUCGCGGGAACUCAAAAUAUCUCAUGCUCCGACGUGGGAAACGUCUCAAGGAUGCGUCUAAUGAAUACUCUAAGGCCCAUGCCGGAUCACAGUUUGCCUUGACACCGACCGACCGGAGAAAGAUGGGCUAUCUUCUAUGUAUGACGGAGAUAUUCUAUCAGUUUACUAAAGCGCUAUCAAAAACAAAAGAAGUGACUAUUCACAACGCUUUCGAAGUUUACAAUUUGAUGUUUGAUCACCUUGGUAGAUCUAUUGAUCGGUUAAAGAAGAGGUGGGUAUCUUGGAAACGUGAAAUGCUUUUGGCUAUCCAGACAGGACGGGAGAAACUAAAGAAUUACUAUAGCAGAACGGAAGAACUCGACGGCAAUCUAUAUGCUAUUGGAACCAUCCUUGCUUCACAGCAUAAACUGAAGUUCCUCUCAGGGAAGGUAUAUGGAAAUGAUUAUACCUUACGGCGUAUCUUUAAGGAAGCUAUAAAGCAGUUUGUCACGGACUAUAUGAAGCAAUCUAUUUGA